CAAGAUCCUGGUUUUGCUCGGGAGGUCUUCAGGUGACUCAGGAGUCUGGGUAUAACCUCAAAACUGACCAGCAUCCCCGAGUCCAAGAAGAGGUUGACAGAAUUGAAUACUGACUCUUCCCUGGAGAUGGACAGAGUCACUAGACACAUCGUCUUCCAGUUCCCUCAGGCAACUCACAAACAGGACUACAACGAUGGCUACCAAGCCAGCUUGUCUGCAGAGCAGAGGGCUGAUGGUGAUGAUGAUGUGUUUGGUUCCUCUCGAUACAGCAGCCAGAAAGUGGAAAAUGGCUACGAGUGGAAAUUCAGGUCCAAGUCGCCCUCAAAUUUCCUAGAUGAUGGGAAAGAUGUCUGGACCCCCUCCCCAGACAGAGACUCCAAGCUGGAGGUGGUAAGGUCGGGAAGCCUGUACGACCUCAGGGCGUACAGAGGAGAGAGGAAGCCAUCAAAGCUCUAUGAAGAGGAUGAGGAGGAACAGCGCAGGGUCCGUCCGCCAAAUAUCUCACCUGAGAAAGCAAGAGAGCUUGAAGAUGAGAGAAGGGAGAUCAUCCGGAGCCAGGUGAUGAGGAAGAGCUCCACCGUGGGUGAGAAGUGGAGCUCCAUGGAUGAGCUGAGCUCCAUAAACACUGGCUCGGGCAGCCAGGGGGAAGGCAGGCACAAAGGCAGCUUCACCACUAGCUUUGCUGUUUGCUUUGACAAGCCUUCCCCAGGGAGAGCAGCAACACCUGUUGACCCUGAAAAUAUAGACACGGAACAGAUCAACUUCUCCGCUGCCCGGCAACAGUUCCUGAUGCUGGAAAAGACCAACCCAGACUCUCUUUUCAGCCCCAGGCAGCAAGCAAUGUCUCCAAAGCCAGAGUCGAUGACAAAAAUCUCUGUGCAAGAGUGGCACAGUCCUGAGACUGCCACGAAGGCUGCGAGGGGUUACAGCAGUCUUGGUGCACCCAGCCAGAGCAGAACAGACAAGACUGUUUAUCAGGUUUAUAACGUGUCCUACAAGGCACCUGCAAAGGAGGACGUUUAUGCUCCCAGAAGGACUGAUACUGAAAGAUCAUAUCCCACUGGGAAAAUAUCCAGCUUGACUAAAGUGUCUUCCAGAGAAGACCUGGACUCCGGCUUGGGUGAAAUGUAUACUGAAGCCAGUGCAGGCUACAUCAGCGACGGAAGCACGACCAACGAGAUCUUCGACACCCUCGUGGAAUCGAGGGCUGGCAGCAGUGGCUCAGACAAAGAGACGAAGGCCAGCAACGAGACACCCAUUGAGCGGGAAAUCCGCAUGGCGAUGGAGAGGGAGGAGAACCUCUGGAAAGAGAGGGGGAUCCAGAAGCUGACCUCCAGCAGCGAGCUGGUGGCAAUCCAGACCAAGCCUUUCCUCUCAGUGUCUGUAUCUCCCCUUCCAGCCAGGAAAGGGAAGGACAAAGGCCGCACUUCCUUUUAUGUCCAGAGGGAAAUAGAGCAGGAAACUAAGCGUGAAGAAGAUCUGAAGAAGGAAGGAAGGCUGCUGGGGAUGUAUGACAGGGGGACACAGCAGGAACUGGACGAGCGCAAGAAGGUAUUUCAGCAGGAGGAAACCCCCCUGACCCUGCAUCAGACAGCCUCCCCUUGGAAGGCAGAUGAGCACAGGAGGAGCUGGAUUAACGGGUUUGUGGCAGAGCAGUCCACAAGACACAGCUUCAGCCCCACGGAAGAUACCAGGGGUGGGGAAACCCCCCCAAACUACACAGUGAAUCUGACACACUCCCAGGCGUACCAGCCGCGCUUCGCAGCAGCCGCUAGCGAGAAGAGCAGGGAUGAGCCGUUGAUGUAUGACCGCGCUUCCGCCAGCGCCAGCAAAUGGGCGAGUGAGGAUUCCCGGGGAGGAAAGCUUCCUGGCGCCAUGCAGAGGUCUGGCUCCACCCUGAGCCCCACAGACAUAGGCGUCCUGCGUAAAGAGUACUUCUCCUUGCCCUUUUGGAAGCCCAAGAUCUCCUUUGUGGACCACAUGGGGACACAAAGCCCGCUAAGGAGGGAGAAGGGGCUGGAGGGGGAGGGCGGCCGGGAGGAGCAGUACACGCUGCGGACAUGGAAGCCCCAGACAUCAGCACUGAUUGAGGAGGAGAUCCGGAGCGACUUGCAGAGGGAAGAGGAGCUGCAGGAGCAGCGGAGAAAGAGGCAGCUGAUAGAGGGCUACUCCCUGGUCAGCAAUGACAGCUUUCCCAAGGAGGGCUCCCACUCCCGGCUUUCCUCGCAGACUUCAGCUGCCUCAGGUGUCUGUGGCAGCUACUCGGUGUCUGGGUCUCCAGUCUUUGCUCCUGCCUCGCACCAGACGGGAAUCCUGGGACUGGUAUCGUCAUUUACUCCGCUAAGAGUGGCUAGUCCCUCUCAGGGCAGCAUGGAGAGCCUCACCCUCGAAUCGACUUGUUCCAGUCCCUUCGAUGAGAGGAGGAGGAGGGUGAAGGAAGAUGGAAAGUACGCAGGCAUUGAACCCGUUGACAAAAUCAACACAGAGGUUGUUGAAAGCACCAGAGUGAUUCGUCACAAGAGUGCCAUGGCCAAACGCUGGGAGGCAGGGCAGUAUGUCAAAGAUGAUGACUGAAGCUCUCAUGGCCCAGGGAAGAACAGUGGCCGCUAGACUUUGCUCUGUAUUUAUCCUGUUUUGGAUGCAAUUGACACACUCAAAAUAUCUGAUCAGUUCAACUCCUGGUGAUCAUGAGACUUCUAAAUUGCAAAUUCCAUCUGUUUUUCAUCUAAUGGAUGAUCAUUCCAAUGCAUUAAAUGUGCUCAUUUGUUUUUCCUCCUUCCCUUUGAGGUGAAGUAACACUUUUUUUUUUUGUAAAGGAGGGAAAAAGCAAAUCAGUUACUUUUAAUCACUUCUGCAAGGAGAGACAGUAAAUUAAAAGAAAUCAUACGGUAAUCUAACUGCUCUCUCAUUGGAAGCUGCGUCUCUGGCUUACAAAGAAAAUGUUUUAUUUCUGAGUGGUUUUAGGUUUUUAGGUACCACAGUAUCAGGCAUCACCUAGGAAGGUACCUAGACUGAAGUAUACCUUUGGAUCAAUAUGAGCAUCAAAUCGGGAAAUCAGGUUUUUGAUUUAAGUCAUAUGAUCUGUUGAGACGCAGUGAUAUAUAACAUAUACAUAUUUUAAUGCUGUUUAUUUUGCUAAUUUAUUAAAGAGUCAUUAUUCUCUCUCA